AUGAAUAAACAGGAUCGACUGGUGGUCAGAAUGGCUGCGCGUCCAGAGGUCGCCGCGUUUGUUAAGCUGUUCCGCACCCAGCACGCUGAUUGGCCGGCGCUGGUGCACUUCCUGCUCUACAAGAACACUUCCGGAAAGUGGAAGACCACUGAACAAAAACGUCGUCGAAAGAAGAAGAACAAGGGUGAUCUACCCUUCCCCAUCCCCGCCUCGUUGCCUUUGGCCAGUGACGAAGACGAGGUACUGCCACAUCUCCAAACUGUCAAGGCGCGUGAGGGCUUCCAGGAUAAUCGCUCUGAUUCUGAUUGGCUCUCUGCGUAUGACCUUGGAAUCAACUAUCCCGUGCUGACUUCGGGUUGGUUUGCAGCAUUCAAGGAGGCCCACGAUAGACGUCUGCUGGAGGAACAGAAAAAGCUCAUUGCUGAUGAAGAGGCAGAGCUGGCUUUGGCGCCACCACUGCGUCCCCAGGCUGCAAUUCCACCACCGCACCACCCCUUCUUCCCAGAGGAGGAGGAGGAGAAGGCGGCAGACGAAAUGGAUGCCGACAGUGACACCGCCUCAGAAAUUGUAGCCAACCUCAUUGCUCAUAGGUCCACUGUUCACCAACCUGGCGCGCCUGAGAGGAAAAUGAAAGAUAAUGAGGAGGAGACCAGGGGAAAGAAAAAUAAAAGGAAAAGUGAGCAGUUUAAAAAACCGCCGCCUUCAACGCCGUCCGAUGACGGAGCCCUGCUCCCGGUGCAAAAGCCACAGAAAAAGGCAAAGAUACAAAAAGAGUCUGUCACCAAGUCUGACGUAACAAUUCCAGGCAACGAAGUCAGGAAGACCGCUGUUAUGGAGGAAACUGAGUCCACCAAAGCGGCAAAAAUUAACAAGCCGGCCCCUGCAGACGCAUUCUUCUCGGAGAUAAUUGACGGCACGGAACCCGAAUCUACGCCCCUGUCGGUCGAUGAGGACGAGGCUCUUUUCGGAGCAGAUGAUUUGGAACUAAAGACUGAGGUGCGUUUCCCUUUCCGCCCUUCUUAUUUUCCUUCUGGAUGUUAUUUCGGUCCCUACUCUCCUAGGUACUAUUUUUCGGUCGGGUAG